AUGAAGUUAUUAUAUACUUAUUUGUCUUUUUUGCUACUUGCAUUUACUUUUGCUCAAACUUUAGAUGUCAAUCCUAUCACUGACGAGCUUAGUAUUAGAGACGCUAGUGGUGCCACAUCUGAAGAAAUCGAAGUUGCUAAUUAUCUUAAACAAUUAGUUGUCGCUGCUGGUCUUGAUUCUCAAAACUUGACCAAAAGAGAUUACCCAGAUAAUGCACUUUUAACUGCUGCCUUUACUAGUCUUAAUAGAUCAGGAGUUGGUGUACAACUUGUUCAUACUUUUACUACCAGUUCUGCUACCCAAGGUACUACUAUUAAUACUAUUGGUCAAUAUAUCUCAAUUACUGGAUUGACCAAACUUUUGACUUCUGCCAAUAAAUCUGGGUUAGCAGUUUCUAUUGUCAUGAGAUUUUUCAUCAACUAUUCCUUGGUUCCUGGAUUAUGGAAUGUUAUUGUUGCCUUAUGGAAUAAUGGUGUUAUUUCACUUGGUAAACGAGGUCUUCUCGAUUUGGUAGGUGGUAUUAUUAAUGGUGUGCAGCUGUCUAUCAUUAACUCUCUUAUUACCAUUAUUAAUUCCGUCACUGAUUUGACUCAAAUUUGUUCAUCAUUAAAUAAAUCUGGAUUAGCUGUAUCUAUUGUUGAUGAUUUACUCACAACUUCUGAUGGACAAAACUUCGUUGUUAAAUUGGCUACUAAUCUUGUUCAAAAAAGUAUUAUAACAUUCGACUCCUUGCUCCAAGCUUUACAAACUUCAGGAAUCAUUGUUGAUACUUUCACGACAAUUAUUGGGAACUCUACAUACAGAAAAAUCAUUUUUAUUUGGGCAGUUAAAAGUUUGGUUGGUUUGAUUAAAUACAUUUUCUAA